AUGAAAUUCCUGAAUGUGAUCCUCAUGCUGAUCUUUGCUGUCGUCGGAAUCUCAGCUACGGGACCGUUACGAGUGAGAAGAAGCUACGGUGAUGCGCAAGUGGAACGAUCAGGACAAUACAGCGAAUACGAUGGGAUUCCCGAACCAUUGCCACCUCGUCGAGUACGAUUCUAUCGAACGGGAGGUACAAUUCUUUUGGGCUAG